GUCCUUCGGGGCCCAGUCGAGCCGGGUGGCGUCAGCGGCCUAGCUCGGAGGGGCACCAGUGCCUCUAAUACGGCGCCAUGUCAGGCGCGGUGACAGCCCUGUAAGGCCGCGGCCGCGGAGCUGGGCGGCGGCGGGGCCCGGCCGGUUCUGCUCAUGGUGCCGCCACGACGCCAUCGCGGGGCAGUAAAGCCAGGUGGGCUGAGUUCUUCACCCCCUUUGAGACUCAGAUUUGCCCAGUUUCCAGGCAUUACUUUUGAAGACCUCAGAAAAGCCCUUAAAAUCAGACAACAGAUGGUUUGUGUGUUUAACAUGAACCACAUCAAUUCCCAGAGCAGUGGGUUCACACAGCGCAGGCGGAUGGCUCUUGGGAUUGUUAUUCUCCUACUUGUUGAUGUGAUCUGGGUGGCUUCCUCGGAACUUACUUCGUAUGUUUUCACUCAGUACAACAAACCAUUCUUCAGCACCUUUGCAAAGACAUCUAUGUUUGUUCUAUACCUCUUCGGUUUUAUUAUUUGGAAGCCAUGGAGACAACAGUGUACAAGAGGAUUUCGAGGAAAACAUGCUGCUUUUUUUACAGAUGCUGAAAGUUAUUUUGCUGCUUGUACAACAGACACUACUAUGAAUAGUUCUUUGAGUGAACCUCUGUAUGUCCCUGUGAAAUUUCAUGAUCUUCCAAGUGAAAAGCCAGACAGCCCAAACAUUGAUAUGGAAAAAACUCCUAAAAAGUCUCGUGUAAGAUUCAGCAAUAUCAUGGAGAUCCGACAGCUACCGUCAAGCCAUGCAUUAGAGGCUAAGUUGUCACGCAUGUCUUAUCCUGCUGUCAAAGAACAAGAGUCCAUACUGAAAACUGUGGGGAAACUUAAUGCAACUCAAGUAGCAAAAAUAAGCUUUUUUUUUUGCUUUGUGUGGUUUUUGGCAAAUUUGUCUUAUCAAGAAGCACUUUCUGACACACAAGUUGCAAUAGUUAAUAUUUUGUCUUCAACUUCUGGACUUUUUACUUUAAUCCUUGCUGCAGUGUUUCCAAGUAACAGUGGAGAUAGAUUUACCCUUUCUAAACUAUUAGCUGUAAUUUUAAGCAUUGGAGGUGUUGUGCUGGUAAACCUGUCAGGAUCUGAAAAGUCAGCUGGAAGAGAUACAAUAGGUUCCAUUUGGUCUCUUGUUGGAGCCAUGCUCUAUGCUGUCUAUAUUGUUAUGAUUAAGAGAAAAGUAGACAGAGAAGAUAAAUUGGAUAUUCCAAUGUUCUUUGGUUUUGUAGGUCUGUUUAAUCUGCUGCUCUUAUGGCCAGGUUUCUUCUUACUUCAUUAUACUGGAUUUGAGGACUUUGAGUUUCCCAAUAAAGUAGUAUUAAUGUGCAUUAUUAUUAAUGGCCUUAUUGGAACAGUUCUCUCGGAGUUCCUGUGGCUGUGGGGCUGCUUUCUUACCUCAUCAUUGAUAGGCACACUUGCACUAAGCCUUACAAUACCUCUGUCCAUCAUAGCUGACAUGUGUAUGCAAAAGGUGCAGUUUUCUUGGUUAUUUUUUGCAGGUGCUGUCCCUGUAUUUUUUUCAUUUUUUAUUGUAACUCUUCUAUGUCAUUAUAAUAAUUGGGAUCCUGUGAUGGUGGGAAUCAGAAGAAUUUUUGCAUUUAUAUGCAGAAAACAUCGAAUUCAGAGAGUUUCAGAAGACAGUGAACAAUGCGAGAGUCUCAUUUCUAUGCACAGUGCUUCUCAAGAGGAUGGGACUAGCUGUUGUCCAUAGCCUAGCUUGAUAAUGGAACGCUCUAAGUGAAAGAGACAAUCUAUGGCAAGUUUUUGUAGAAAAAUGUUUCAGUGCCUAGUCUGAAAAAUAGUGGUUUCAGUUCUUUGAAACUCUAAAAUAUAUUUUCCUCAUAUCUGUUGUCUUCAUUUUCAUAAUGAAGUACUUUGCUGUAUAGCUGUAAUCAUAUACCACUAUAAUUAUAGGAAAUUUCCAAUCCAUAGUCCAAGGACAAACCUGCCUUACCAAUCUCCAGGAAUUCAGCUGAUAAUUUGAACUAAUCAAGGAAUAAAAUCUUAAUGUUCUAGAAACUUAAUUUUCACAUAUUUGUUAAAUGCUGAACUGUAUUAUACAAAUAUUGUCAGGAAAUCACUUAAGUAUGUAGAUCAGUGUCUCUUUCAGGCCAACUACUACAAUAAGCUGCCACAAAUAGGUACUGAUUACAUUUCUGAGUUUUAUAGAAUAUUAAAAAUCAACACAAAAAGGAAUGCUUAAUUUAUGCAACAAGUCUGUUCAUGGAAAUUUGGUGGGAUUUUAAAAAAUAAAUAUUUGAAAAAUUUUCUGGUUCACUUAUACUGUGUAUACUGUAUUAUGUUUUCAUAGUAUUAGGUGCCUUGUAUUUUGAAUCUGUGACAAACCAUGACAAAUUUUAUGGGAAAUAUUGUAAAAUGAAGAAUUAUGUAUUUCUAAUGGCUAUAGUGCAAUGAUAAAGCUCUUCUUAAUAUAGAGCUUUGAGGAAAUAUUCACUCUUCAAUUAAGAAAAUUUCAUAGUGGAAUGAUUUAAACAUAAAUGAUAGAGUAUUAUUAAAAUGUUUAUA